AAAAUCGUGAUCGCCCGGUGGAUAACGCUGUCUCCGAGACACGCAGUGACGCCAACGUGCACAAUAUAAAGUCGGAGGCAGCAGUGCGGGAGUCACUCGCGAAGAUGCCGUCCCUCCGCUUCCUCGCCGCCCUCCUGCUUGUCGCCGUCCUGGUGCUCCAGGCCAGCGCGGCCCCGCAGCCCUUCAGCUUGGGGAAGCUGGUCAACAAGGUGAAGAACGCGCUGAACCCCACCCUCAAGUGCCUGUCGGACGCCGGCGCCGGCGACGCGGCGCUGGGCUGGCUGCAGCAGUGUGGCCAGACCAAGUUCUACGGCAAGUUCGCCAUGGGCAGCUGCGCGGCCACCACGUACGCGCCCGCCGACGUCAAGGCCAUGCUCAAGUCCAGCGCCAACUGCUUCAAGCUGGGCUAAGGGGAUGGACGCACUUUGAGCCGAAGAAACGACCAACAUUUUCUUUCGGCACACAUUUUGCCACUCCUUUUACACUUUACCCCGUGUACAGUAAAAAGCAAUGCACCGGCUCGAAAUUAAAGGAUGCUACGACACACA